CAUCAGCACGGGGUGGGGCCUGCUGACGGGCCGUGGGUACAGAAGGGGCCAAGGCCCCACUCUCCAGUUGGGGCAGAGUCAGCCUGUGGGGCCACAGACAGAUAACUGGGCAAAAUAGCCACAGGCCGCCUAGCGCGCACACCGUUCGCUCCCCCCGGCCCGGCCAUGCCUCUGCCCGGCCACCUCCUGCCUGCCCUGGUCCUGCUCGUGGCUGGGCCCCCAGGCUGGGCCUGGAUCCCCAACAACUGCAGGGUCCCCCGCGAGGCCACGUGCAACUUCGUGUGUGACUGUCCAGGCUGCUCCGAGGAGACCCAGUGUGGUUACCACGGAGCCUCGCCCGCCCUGGGCGCCCCCUUCGCCUGCGACUUCGAGCAGGACUCCUGCGGCUGGCAGGACAUCAGCACCUCAGGCUACAGCUGGCUUCGAGACCGGGCGGGAGCUGCCCUGGAGGCUCUGGGGCCGCGCUCAGACCACACUCUCGGCACGGACCUCGGCUGGUAUAUGGCUGUUGGCACCCACCGUGGGAAAGAGGCCUCCACCGCAGCCGUGCGCUCCCCAAUCCUGCACAACGCAGCCCCCACCUGUGAGCUGAGGCUCUGGUACCACGCGGCGUCUGGAGAUGUGGCUGAGCUGCGGCUAGAGCUGACCCACAGGGCCGAGACCUUGACCCUGUGGCAGAGCUCCGGGCCCUGGGGCCCAGGCUGGCAGGAGCUGGUGGUGGCCACUGGCCGUAUCCAGGACGACUUCCGGGUGACCUUCUCUGCCACUCGAAAUGCCACCCACAGGGGCACCGUGGCCUUGGACGACGUGGUCUUCAGGGGCUGUGGGCUGCCCACUCCCCAGGCACACUGCCCCCUGGGGCAUCACCAUUGCCAGAACAUGGCCUGUGUGGAGCCCCACCAGCUAUGUGACGGGGAGGACAACUGUGGGGACGGCUCAGACGAGGACGCACCGGCCUGCCGCCACUACACAGCCACGGACUUUGAGACGGGCCUGGGCCCGUGGAACCACUCGGAGGGCUGGGCCCGGAACCACAGUGCCAGUGCCAGGCCACGAGCCUGGCCGCACCGCGACCACAGCCGGAACAGUGCGCACGGCUCCUUCCUGGUCUCCGUGGCCGAGCCCAGUGCCCCCGCUGUCCUUUCCAGCCCCGAGUUCCAAGCCUCAGGCGCCCGCAACUGCUCGUUAAUCUUCUAUCACUACCUGCAUGGGUCCGAGGAUGGCUACCUUCAGCUGUUCCUGCAGACUCGGAGCCCGGGCUCCCCCCAGGGCCCCGUCCUGCUGCGCAGGCGCCAUGGGGAGCUGGGGGCCGCCUGGGUCCGAGACAGGGUCGACAUCCAGAGCGAGCACCCCUUCCGGAUCCUGCUCACUGGGCACACGGGCCCGGGCGGCGUCGUGAGCCUGGAUGACCUCAUCCUGUCGGACCACUGCCAGCCAGUCCCAGGUGGGCCUGCCGAGCCCCUCCCCUCCCCGGAGAAGCGCCACCCCUGCCUGCCUGAGCCCUGUUCUGCCCCCACAGAGGGGUCCAGCCCGCCUGCUGGGCUCUGGGCCCCCGUCCCCCAGCCUCAGGACUUCUGCGAGCCAGGACAUCUUUCCUGUGGGAACCUGUGUGUCCCCCCGGAGCAGCUCUGUGACUUCCAGCAACAGUGCCAGGGGGGCGAGGAUGAGCAGGAAUGUGGCAGCACGGACUUUGAGCCCCCCACGGCCGGGGGCUGGGAGGAUGCCAGCGUGGGGCGGCUGCAGUGGGGGCGUCUCCGCGCCCAAGAGAGCAGAGACCCUGGCUCGGAUGCCAGCUCGGCUGCUGCUGGGCACUUCCUGUCCUUGCAGAGGGCCUGGGGACAGCCGGCGGCGGAGGCCCGGGUCCUCACUCCUCCCCUGGGCCCCUCGGGCCCCCGCUGUGAGCUCCGCAUGGCUUACUAUUUCCACAGUUACCCCCAAGGCUUCCUGGCCCUGGUCGUGGUGGACGGCAGCAGCCGUGAGCUGGUGUGGCAGGCCCCAAGCAGCAGCAGGGGCUGGAAGGUGGACACGGUCCUUCUUGGGGCACGCCGCCGGCCUUUCCGGCUGGAGUUUGUUGGCCUGGUGGACUUGGACGGCCCUGGCCAGCAGGGCGCUGGAGUGGACGAUGUGGCCUUGAAGGAUUGCAGCCCCGUGACCGCCACUGAGAAGGACUCAGAGGUCUCCUGUAACUUUGAGCGGGACACUUGCGGCUGGCACAGCGGCCACCUCACAGAUGCCCACUGGCGCCGAAUCCAGAGCCGUGGCCCCGGGUACGACCACACCACGGGCCAAGGCUACUUCUUGCUCCUGGACCCCACGGACCCCCCGGCCCGGGGCCCUGGUGCCCACCUGCUCACCCAGCCCCAGGCCCCAGCAGCCCCUCAGGAGUGUCUCUCCUUCUGGUACCACCUCCACGGGCCCCAGAUCGGGACACUGCGCCUGGCAGUGAGGCGAGAAGGAGAGGCAGAAACCGUCCUGUGGUCGCGAACCGGCGCCCACGGCAACCGCUGGCUCGAGGCCUGGGCCACCCUGCACCACCAGCCGGGCUCCGGCGCCAAGUACCAGCUGGUGUUCGAGGGCCUCCGUGAUGGCUACCACGGCACCAUGGCGCUGGACGACGUGGCCGUGCGGCCCGGGCCCUGCUGGGCCCCCAGGCAGUGCUCCUUCGAGGACUCGGCCUGUGGCUUCUCCAGCGGGGGCCGAGGCCUCUGGACACGCCAGGCCAAUGCCACGGGCCACGCCUCCUGGGGCCCCCGCACUGACCACACCACAGAGACGGCUCAGGGGCACUACAUGGUGGUGGACACGAGCCCACAGGCCCUGCCCCGUGGCCACGUGGCCUCCCUGACCUCAGAGGAGCACCAGCCUCUUGCCCAGCCUGCCUGCCUGACCUUCUGGUACCACCUGAGCCUCAGAAACCCAGGCACCCUGCAGGUCCACGUGGAGGAGGCUGAGAGGCGUCAGGUGCUCAGCGUCAGUGCCCACGGAGGGUUUGCCUGGCGCCUGGGAAGUGUGGACGUGCAGGCCGAGAGGGCCUGGCGGGUGGUGUUUGAAGCGGUGGCCACCGGCGUGGAGCACUCCUAUGUUGCACUGGACGACCUGCUGCUCCAGGACGGGCCCUGCCCCCGGCCAGCUUCCUGUGACUUUGAGGCUGGCCUGUGUGGCUGGAGCCAUCUGCCCUGGCCCGGCCUGGGAGGGUAUAGCUGGGACUGGAGCAGUGGGGCCACACCUUCUCGCUACCCCCAGCCCCCUGUGGACCACACUCUGGGCACAGAAGCAGGCCACUUCGUUCUCUUUGAAACGGGCGUACUGGGCCCAGGGGGCCGGGCAGCCUGGCUGCGCAGCCAGCCUCUGCCUGCCACCAAGGCCUCCUGCCUCCGCUUCUGGUACCACAUGGGCUUUCCAGAGCACUUCUACAAGGGUGAGCUGCGGGUGCUCCUCAACAGUGAGCGGGGCCAGCUGACCGUGUGGAGCACGGGCGGGCCCCUGCGGCACCAGUGGCUGGAAGGACGGGUGGAGGUGGCCAGUGCCGAGGAAUUCCAGAUCGUGUUUGAAGCCACUCUAAGCGGCCAGCCGGCCCUGGGGCCCAUUGCCCUGGACGACGUGGAGUAUCUGGCCGGGCAGCACUGCUGGCCGCCCGCAUCCAGCCAGGGGGAAACGGCAUUGGCCGCAUCGGUGCCAACCAUGGUCGGCAGCGCCCUCCUUGCCCUCGUCCUGCUGGUGCUGCUUGGACUCGUGGGACGGCACUGGUUGCAGAAGAAGGGGGGCUGCCCAUCCCGGGGUGAGACGGCGGCUGUGGCCCCGGGCUUCGACAACAUUGUCUUCAAUGCGAAGCGCCCUCUUCCCACCUAGGAUGGCGUCACCCUGCCGGCUUCGCUCUCCGGCCACCAGUAGAUGACCCAGACCUGGCUCUCCACACGAGCAUCCUGCAUCCCCCACCCUGUCGGCCCCAGCCCUGGGAGACCUGCCCCUCCCCCAGGACGCACUGAGCCCCCGAGCUGUCAGCUGGCACAGAGACUGUCAGCCACGUACCUGGGAAUGGUCCUCACCACCAAUAAAUGCCCUGGACUGUGAGGGCACCCCCACUUACUGGCUGAGGUCUGUGCAUCCUGCUGUCGGCAGGAAGGUGGGCUCUUGGGGAUCCCCAGCUGAAAGGAUGUGCUUGGGGUACCUCCCACAUGUCUCAGUGACUCAGGUGACAGGUAACAGGCAGGCCACACCAGACAGGACCAAGGGCCAGAGACACCAGAGACAGACACAGUGGGACCCUGAUAAGCCCCUGUCCCAGGUCUGGCAGGCACCCCAACACUCAGGUGGCCCAGCCCGCCCCGUGGGACCCUGACCCGAGCCCUGUCCAGCCCCUGCCUUGCUGGGUGAUUCUGCAUCUGACUUAGGACACGUACAGGUGACAGACCGAGUAGCAAACACUUCACCGGCUGUAAGGUGGCGUAGAGCUGGUCUGAGGGGGGAUGCUCUGCUGUGUCUACGGUUCUAAAUAAAGGUCCCAUGUCUGCUG